AUGACAUCCACUUCCAUUUUCUUCCAUUCUUGCAUCAUCUUCUUCUUCUUCUGUCUCUUCCUCUCAACUCCUUCACGUGCUUCUUUCUUUUCUGGAAUUGAAACUGGAGAUUUAGAAAAAAGGGGUGAUUUGUUUCCGCAGAUUCUAAGAGACGAGGCGGUGGCAAGGCUUGUUGAGCUUGGAAAGGUCAGUGAUGCUAGUGGCUAUCUAGAGAGAACAUUUUUGAGUCCCGCGUCCUUGAGGGCGAUUGAUCUUAUUCAAACAUGGAUGGAAGAUGCUGGUUUAAGAACUUGGGUGGAUCAAAUGGGAAAUGUACAUGGUAGAGUUGAGGGUGCAAAUGCAAAUACAGAAGCUUUGUUGGUUGGAUCUCACAUGGACACUGUUGUUGAUGCUGGUAAAUUUGAUGGAUCACUAGGAAUAGUCUCUGCAAUAUCCGCAUUAAAGGUUAUGCAUGUCAAUGGAAAGCUGCAAAACCUAAGGCGUCCUGUCGAGGUGAUUGCAUUUUGCGAUGAAGAGGGUGUGAGAUUUCAAACUACUUUCUUAGGUAGUGGGGCUAUAGCUGGUAUUUUACCUAAUACGACAUUGGCGAUAUCUGAUAAGAGGAAUGUAAUGAUAAAAGAUGUUCUUAAAGAGAACUCAAUAGAAGCUACAGAGGAAAUGUUUUCGCAGCUCAAGUAUGAUCCAAAAUCUGUUUGGGGUUAUGUUGAGCUUCACAUUGAGCAGGGUCCUGUGCUAGAACAAGUUGGUUUCCCACUUGGUGUCGUUAAAGGCAUAGCUGGGCAGACACGAUUGAAAGUUACGGUUAAAGGCUCACAAGGUCAUGCUGGAACUGUUCCAAUGUCCAUGCGCCAGGAUCCUAUGGUGGCCGCUGCUGAACAAAUUGUACUUAUGGAAAGCCUCUGCAAACAUCCUGAAGAAUACCUUUCUUUUGAUGGUCAUUGCAGCGAUUCAUCGAUAAAAUCACUUUCAAGUUCACUUGUUUGUACUGUUGGUGAAAUAUCAACAUGGCCAAGUGCUAGUAAUGUCAUUCCAGGCCAGGUUACAUAUACAGUAGAUAUACGAGCAAUUGAUGAUCUCGGACGCGAGGCUGUUAUCUAUGAUUUAUCCAAUCGAAUUUACCAGAUAUGUGACAAGCGUUCAGUUUCCUGCCUUAUUGAACACAAGCAUGAUGCAGGUGCUGUGAUUUGUGAUCCUGAACUAACCUCACAGCUGAAGUCUGCAGCUUAUUCUGCACUCAAGAGAAUGGAGGGUGACAUUCAAGAUGAAGUACCCACAUUAAUGAGUGGAGCAGGGCAUGAUGCCAUGGCAAUGUCUCGCUUAACAAAGGUAGGAAUGCUAUUUGUGCGGUGUCGCGGAGGCAUAAGUCAUUCUCCACAAGAGGAUGUGCUAGACGACGAUGUUUGGGCGGCCGGUUUAGCAACACUAUCAUUUCUGGAAAAUCUAUGA